AUGUACCACUUACAACAAGUGCGAUUGAUUCGAACUUCAAUGGAUGAAGAAUUGAAAGCUAAUAUAUAUAAAACUGCCCAGUUUGUUAACGAGAGGAGCCAAAAUGUGGAAGAACAACUCCUGAAGGAUUCGAGUGGGAAAUUUUCCUUUCUCCAGCCAGAUAAUGAACACUAUGCCUUUUACCAAUCUCUGCGGGUCAAAGAUAACAAAGAUAUGAGUGAGUCCAAAACCGUUGAUAGCACAGCAUUGAAUGAGCCUGAUCCCGUACCGCCAUUCAUUCUUAUUAAAGAUGUUUCGGACCUUAGUAUACCGUCGCUGGAUCUUGAGAUAAUGCGAAGAACCGCCGAUUAUCUUCAAUAUACCAAGGAGGACGAACGCGAACAAAUACGAACUCGACUGGUCAAGGAAGAGAGAUUUCAAUUUUUGAACCCAUCUCAUGAACUCAAUCCUACCUUUGAAGUUAUUUUAAAGCAGUUUAUUGCAUGUUCUAAAUUCAAGCCAGAAAAUCUGACAGAACAAGAGUAUCUGAAUCGCUGCUUUCAAAGAGCUGUGUAUAACGAAUACUUGAAAGAGUUCCAAAAUAGAAGCAACACCCAACUAGAAAGCUACAAGAUAAGAUUCGCUGCUAUAGAUUGGAUCAAUUUCAAAGUUAUCAAAAAUCCGGCAUUGGAAAAUUCGGACCAGACGACAAACGGGAAACUUGAGUUUAAGAUGCCUUUAGACUUUUCGAAAUUAUUUCAAAAGACAAUUUCCAAUACUGAAAAUGAUAUAUAUCUAAAGCAUUUUUUUGGAGAUGGUGCAGCUAAUAAUGCAGAAAAACUCUCUCUAGGCGGAGUUCUGGAAAGCACUGUUACUGAACAACAGAACAAAACACAGACACAGACGAACAAGAGGAAGCGGAAAGGGAAGAUGAUUAUCAAAAAGAGUGGAGAAACAAGGCUGCACAAAAAGAAGAAGCAGUAA